GUCGUGACGUCAGACCGUGUAACAUGCUUGACAGAGAGCAAUAAGUGAGCAGAUAAGUGGGUCUUCUCACCUUUUAGGACAUUUUACUCGCUGUCUGUGUUCAGACUACAGACCGGGCAGGAGCUCGGUACAAGGCACGGUACAUACCGCGUAUUAAGAGACAUGGCGGACCAGCAGACAGACGAGUCGACGCAGCCCGAAAUAACGGAAGAGCCUCUCCUCAGCAACCUCGACAUCUUCCUGUUCUCCCUCAUCGUGGGCCUCAUCAUUUACUGGUUCGUGUUCCGCAGGAAGCCUGAAGCCAUUCCAGACUUCCGUCCACUCGAGCACAUACCAUCGGCUGCCAGGGAAACCAGUUUCAUAGAAAAAAUGAAGAAAACCGGCAAGAACAUAGUGGUGUUCUACGGCUCACAGACAGGAACUGCUGAAGAAUUUGCCAACAGGCUCUCGAAAGAUGCCCACCGUUACGGCAUGAAGGGCAUGGUGGCAGAUCCAGAGGAGUACGAUAUGAAUGAACUUUCUCGUUUAAAAGAUAUCGACAACUCUUUGGCCAUCUUUUGCAUGGCCACAUAUGGAGAAGGAGACCCUACAGAUAAUGCCCAGGACUUCUAUGACUUACUACAGGAGGGGGAUCUCGACCUGGACGGAGUUAAUUUUGCGGUGUUUGCACUUGGCAAUAAAACAUAUGAGCAUUACAACGCCAUGGGCAAGUAUGUGGACAAGCGAUUAGCCGAGCUCGGUGGCAAGAGGAUCUUUGAUCUUGGCAUGGGAGACGACGAUGGCAACCUCGAGGAGGACUUUGUGUCAUGGAGAGAACAGUUCUGGCCGGCCAUGUGUGAGCACUUCGGAGUCGAGCCCACCGGUGAAGAGUCCAGCAUCCGUCAGUACGAGCUGAAGGUUCACGAGGACUUGAACAUGAAUAAGGUCUAUACUGGUGAACUGGGACGCUUGAAGAGCUUUGAGAACCAGAAGCCGCCAUUCGAUGCUAAGAACCCCUUCCUUGCCCCGGUCACUGUUAACCGUAAACUCAACAAAGGAGGUGACCGACACUUAAUGCAUUUGGAGCUGGACAUCACCGGGUCUAAGAUCAGGUAUGAGUCAGGUGACCACGUGGCCGUGUAUCCCACCAACGACUCCAGCAUUGUGAACAGACUGGGAGAAGUCCUCGGAGUAGACCUUGAUACCAUUAUCUCACUGAACAACCUUGACGAGGAGUCCAAUAAGAAACACCCCUUCCCAUGCCCCACCACGUACCGCACAGCUUUAACACAUUACCUGGACAUCACCAACCCACCACGCACCAAUGUGCUGUAUGAGCUGGCCCAGUACGCAUCUGACCCUAAAGACCAGGAGAACAUGCGCAAGAUGGCGUCCUCUUCACCCGAGGGCAAGUCAUUGUACCAAAGCUGGGUUUUGGACGCGUGUCGGAAUAUUUUGGCCAUCCUGGAAGACCUGCCAUCCCUGCGGCCACCGAUCGACCACAUGUGUGAGCUUCUGCCCCGCCUCCAGGCUCGUUACUACUCCAUUGCAUCUUCAUCCAAGGUUCACCCCAACAGCAUCCACAUCUGCGCCGUGGUGGUCGAGUACAAGACGAAGACAAACCGUGUCAACAAGGGUGUCGCUACCAACUGGCUUAAAGCCAAACAGCCUACUGACAAUGGGCACAAAGCCACCGUGCCCAUGUACAUCCGCAAGUCCCAGUUCCGGCUACCCUUCAAGGCUAGCAACCCGGUCAUCAUGAUUGGUCCUGGCACUGGCAUUGCACCUUUCAUGGGCUUUAUUCAGGAGCGUGCCUGGCUUAAAGAGCAAGGUAAGGAUGUGGGUGAGACCGUAUUGUACUUUGGCUGCCGUCAUAAAGAGGAAGACUUCUUGUACCAGGAGGAGCUGGAAGCGUUCGAGAGGGCGGGAGCACUGACGCAGCUCAAUGUGGCCUUCUCCAGGGACCAGGAGCACAAGAUAUAUGUUCAGCACCUCCUGAAGAGGAACAAGGAAGCUGUCUGGAGGCAGAUACAUACAGGAAAUGCUCACAUUUACAUCUGCGGAGAUGCACGUAACAUGGCAAGGGACGUACAGACUGGCUUCUAUGAGAUAGCUGAGGAACUCGGCAGCCUGACACGCACGCAGGCUACAGAUUACAUCAAGAAACUGAUGACUAAGGGACGCUACUCGCAGGACGUCUGGAGUUAAAGAGCCUCCCCGAGGUCUUCACGUGUACUUUGAAUUUGUACUGUUUUUGCAGGACUGCUUUCGACUGAAUAGUUUUGAACUCGGUAAAGGAAACACAGGCACACAGACAUUUAAAUCCCUGAAUGAAGUUCAUAGCAGGUGCUCACCUUUUUGACUCUUUCUCUACAGAUUUACUCAGUGUACAUAGGUUUCAUUUCAUAUGGCGUGUUGUAAAAUUUUGACUCGCAUUCAUCACUCAUGUAAUAGGCUGUAUGUAAUGUAAACGAUGCAGUACGCAUACCAUCUUCUUAUUUUAUUGUAGUGUUAAAGGAGAGCUACUGAAGGCAGUCUUCAUCUUAUGCAUAGACUUUAUAUUUGAAAUCAAGUAAAUAUUAAUUGGCAGUGGACCCUGAAUUAAGGUGGCCUGUUAUUGUCCCCAUUCAUCAAGGCGCAGACUGCUUUAAUAAUAAUAAUGAUGAUGAUGAUGAUGAUUAAGGCCCUGUUAGUUAAAUCUAUGCAACGUGUACUGUAGCCUAUAUGCAGGAGGUUAUACCAUAGUCAACUGUAUAAGAACCAAUACAGGGCAUCAGAUAAUUUAGAAUAUUUUUUUGUUCUUAUUACUAAAAUCAUUAAUUUUGUAUUUUUUUUUUCCUUUAGUUACAGAUAGGCACAGAAAGUCAGAGAAUGUGAUUAAGUUGUUAUCCUUAUUUUAUGUAAUUUUUCAACUUUUUUUAAGCUUUUUACCUGCCUUGUUUUUUUUUUUCUUAUCCAUUUCUAUCUAAUUGCAUUACACCAUGAACACGUGUAUCAUGUCCGUUAUCUGUGAAUAUCAACAUGAACGAUUGUAUGUUGGACCUUUACCAGAUAGAGUUUUAAUAUAAUCAAUGAAAAAGCUUUCCCUCAGUGCUUGAGAAAUUGUCCUAUGAGGACAAUGAGGAAAAGAAAGCUAUUCUUAACCUCAUUUGUAAACACCCACUAAAGGGACCGUCUGUUUACUAGUCAACAUGUGCCUUAUGGAAAGCGUUGCCUUGUCAAUAGACAUAAAAUUUGUGAAAUUUGCAGGUCGAUGUUGCUUACGAUGGAUGGAUUAUUUUGGAAGAGAAUAUGUUCAUGUUAAAUGCGUACGGUUGCUGUUGCUUAUUUUUUUGUCAGCAUCAUACAGUUUUUAUAUGCAUUUAAUGUUUCCUAUAGUACUGCUAUCUAAGCAUGACUUUUUAAUUUAAUAAAAUUGGGAUUUAAUUUCA